GACGGCGGCGGCGGCGGAUCGAGGGCGGAUUGAGGGCGGCGGCGGCGGAUCGAGGACGGCGACGGGGCGGCGACGGCGGCGGGGCUCUCAGCGGAGCGGGAGCGGGGAACGGGCGAGGCCGGCGAGGUCUUCAGUCGACGCCGCCCCAGCUUCCACCUCUCCUCGUCGGGGCGGAAGCCGUGGACGACGGCGGCGCGGCGGAGGGGAGCGGCGGCGGCGGGGCGCCGAGCGGAGCGGCGGCGAAACGGCGCGCGCGGCCUCUACCUCCGCCAUUCGUCGCCGCCACCUGCCACCUCCUCAUCCUCCCCAUGGCAGCGCCCCUCCAGUCGCUGCCUCCCUCUCGUCUCCGCCCCCUCUGGCCUCCCCCGCGCGCCGCCCGCCUGAGGUCGCUCGUCCUCCUCGUCUCCGCCUUCUCCUCCUCGUCUCGGGGCCUAGGAUCUGAGCGGCCACUUCCCGUGGACCCGGGGGGCGUUAGCGGGCGGAGGAAUCAGGAUCCGGGCGACGACGCCCUGAUCAGGAGGGCCCAUCGGGCGCUGGCGCGGCCGGACUGGCACCGGAGCGCCGCGCUCGCCUCCCUCACGCCCGCGCAGGCCGCUUCCGUGGCGGAGUCGCACCCGAUCGCCGCGCGAGGCCUCGACCUCCUGCUUUUCUUGUCGCGGGAGCGCUCGCACUCGUACCGGCCGGGCACGUUCGCCGCGCUCGCCAGGCGCCUUGUGGACGCGCGCCGGUAUGCUGCCGCGGGGCGCGCGCGCAUCCACCUGAUCAAGUCCUGCCACAGCAAGGAGGCGAUGGCGAGGACGAUGAGUUUCCUGGAUAUGCUCAGCCAAAGCGGCCUCAGGAUGGGUCUCUUCGCAUAUAGCGCCCUGUUGAUCCAUCUGAGCAGGCUUGGAAUGACUGCUGCCGUCAUGGACAGGUACCACCGCAUGCUGAGCGAGGGUGUACAGCCAAAUUUACUUAUCUACAAUGCUGUAAUCAAUGCAUUGUGCAAGGAUGGCAAUGUAGCGGAUGCAGAGACAAUCAUGAAGAAGGUGUUCGAAUCCGAGAUGAGCCCUGACACGUUCACCUACACGUCCAUGAUUCUUGGUCACUGUAGGAAACAUGACUUGGAUUCAGCAUUGCAGGUUUUCAACCAGAUGGCUAAGGAGGGCUGUGAGCCAAACACAGUAACAUACUCGACAUUAAUCAAUGGGUUAUGUGAUAGUGGGAGGGUUAACGAGGCAUUUGAUUUGAUUAGGGAGAUGAUAUUGCAUGGUAUUCUGCCGACAGCGCACACUUGUACUGGCCCUAUUAUUGCAUUAUGUGACAUGGGGUGCUAUGAAGAUGCCUGGAGGUUGUUCGUUGAUAUGAAAAAUAAGGGGUGUGAACCAAAUGUGUAUACAUACACGGCACUUAUCAGUGGUCUUUGUGUGUCAGGUUUAUUGAAAGUGGCCAUUGGACUGUUUCAUAGGAUGUCUAGAGAUGGUGUGUUCCCUAAUACAGUGACAUAUAAUGCUUUGAUUAAUAUUCUGGUUGAGAACAGGAGAAUCAAAUAUGCGUUUGUUGUUUUAAAUUUGAUGGGCAGAAAUGGUUGUUCACCAAACAUCGUGACAUACAAUGAAAUGAUUAAGGGCUAUUGCAUUCUUGGUGAUCCUAAGAAGGCAAUGUUAGUGAUGAACAAUAUGUUGCAGAGAGGACAUUCAGCUAAUCUUGUAACAUACAACACCAUCAUCAAAGGAUAUUGUGACUCAGGAAAUACUACAAGCGCUCUUAGGAUUCUAGACCUUAUGAGGGAUGGUGGAUGUAAACCUGACGAGUGGUCUUACACCGAACUGAUAUGUGGUUUUUGCAAGAUAAGCAAAAUGGAGUCGGCUUUUGGAUUGUUCAAUGAAAUGGUGGAUGAUGGCUUAUGCCCCAAUGAAGUUACCUAUACUGCACUGAUAGAUGGGUACUGCAAGGAUGAGAAACUGGACACUGCAACAUCAUUGUUGGAACAUAUGAAGAGAAGUGGUUGCAGACCAAAUGUUCAGACAUACAACGUUCUUAUUCAUGGUCUGACUAAGCAGAAUAAUUUUUCUGGUGCAGAGGAACUAUGUAAAGUGAUGAUUGAAGAAGGGAUAUUUCCAAAUGUAGUCACUUACACUGCAAUGAUUGAUGGGCUGUGCAAAAAUGGUUCCACAUCUUUGGCUCUUGAAAUGUUCAACAAGAUGAUUGAGCAGGGUUGUUUGCCUAAUCUUCUUACCUACAGUUCUCUUAUCCGCGCUCUAGGUCAAGAAGGCAAGGUAGAGGAAGCUGAGAAUUUGUUUGCAGAAUUGGAGCGGCACGGGCUCAUUCCAGAUGAAAUUACCUAUGUUAAGAUGAUUGAAGCAUAUAUCAUGUCAGGGAAAGUUGAGCAUGCGUUUAAUUUUCUUGGAAGAAUGAUAAAGGCUGGGUGCCAACCAACAUUGUGGACAUAUGGUGUUUUGAUUAAAGGCUUGAAAAAUGAGUACCUAUUAGCUGACCAGAGACUUGCUGCCUUGCCAGAUGUAGUUCCAAACUGCAGUUUUGGUUAUCAAACCACUGAUCAAGAUGCUGUGUCAGUUAUGUCUGCUAAGUUAGCAGAACUGGAUCCUGGCCUAUCUGUUCAGGUGCAGAAUGCACUAGUUUCAAACUUAAGUACAGCUGGGAGAUGGUUUGAGGCAAAUGAGUUGUUAGGAAGCAUGAUUAGUCAGGGUUUAUGCCCAGAUCAGGAGGCAUAUAAUUCCUUAUUAUGCUCACUCUUGAGAGUCCGGAACGUUGACCUUGCUAUGGGCGUAUUUAAGCAUAUGUCUACUCAAGGUUGUGAGGUCCACCUUAAUGGUUAUAAAGAAUUAAUAUGUGCUUUAUGCCAAUUACACAGAAGAAAGGAAGCCCGGAUUACUUUUGAAAACAUGCUCAUGAGGACCUGGAAUCCUGAUGACGUUGUACAGGCAGUGCUCAUCGAUGGAUUGCUCAGGGAUGGAUACAAAGACUUGUGCAUGGAAUUUCUGCACAUAAUGGAAACCAGACGUUACAUGCCUAGCUUCCAUAUAUACACCAUUUUGGCUAGGGAGGCAUCAAAAAAGAGGUAGCACCUGUUGGAUUAUGCUGAACUUUAGGCACUGCAUGGUGGAUGUUGUGAUAAGCAAGCUGCCGACCUAUACUGGCUGGAAGACUUAAGUGGGCUCAUCAAUCUUGAGUUUUUGUUCCUUUUACUGAAGGACUAUCUGAUAUCCAGUUUAUCCACAUCAAAUCCAUAUAUCUACACACGGUCAUGGAAACAUGUAGCAGGAUGUAUCACAAAGGUGAAGAGGGCUACAUGCUCUACAUCGUGUACAGGACAGUGCUUCUGUUCAAGUCUUUCCAGGUCACCUGGAGCCACGGUGGGAUUGUAGGACACACAACGCCACAUUGGGUGCCAUGCCAUAAUAACAACCAAUGGAAGGGAACUCUAUGCGAAGGCUUGCUUGUUCUUGAAUAAGCAUCUCAGCAAGAAGAUUUCACUAACGCAGUUUCUAUGUUCCCGCGUUCUGUUGUGAAGGACAUCAUUUAGAAGGGAAGAAAGCUGUUAAGAGGAAUUGCACCCCGGAUGCAUGAAUGGCAUGGAAAGUACUAAGGUACCCAUGUCCUCAUGGUUGAAGCGGGAGAGAAGGAUGAUGUGAAAAACACACCGUCGCACAUGAUGGAGAGAGUUUUGAAGUAGAGUUUUCAUCAUCUCCAGUAAUAAUGCUUUGAUGGAGAGUUUUGAAGUAGAGUUUUCAUCAUCUCUAGUGAUAAUGCUUCGAGAGAGGUUUCAUCAUCUCUAGAGUUAUAAUGCUUUGAAUAAAUUCAUAAUCAAUCACACAGGAAGUAAGCAAUCAUGAUCAAUCACACAGGAAGUGGCACUUUCAGAUUGCCUAUGCUAAUUCAUUUCACGCUGCAUAUCCAAAAUGGUGAAGCUGACAAUGAUAGCACGUGUUACUGAUGGCCUUCCGUUAGUGGAGGGAUUAGAUGAUGGUCGGGAUCUGAAGGAUGCUGACUUCUACAAGCAGCAAGCUAAACUGUUGUUCAAGAACUUAUCGAAAGGGCAACAUGAAGCAUCAAGGAUGUCAAUUGAGACUGGGCCGUACCUUUUCCAUUACAUCAUUGAGGGCCGUGUGUGCUAUUUGACAAUGUGUGACCACUCUUAUCCGAAGAAACUUGCUUUCCAGUACUUAGAAGAUCUCAAAAAUGAAUUUGAGAGGGUCAAUGGCAACCAAAUUGAAACUGCUGCAAGACCAUAUGCUUUUAUUAAGUUCGGCCCUUAUUUGCAAGUAUGCCCCUGUUGCCAUUGUGAUUGGGAUAGUACUGAUGCUCUUUUGGGUCAAGAACAAGAUAUGGUGACUGAGAGUAACAGUCAGGCCUCCUGUUACGGUGCUGGAACUUGAGUUCUCCGUGCACCCCGAAUCGAUUCUGGCUCAACAGAUGCUUCAAUGGCUUAUCCCGCAUCUGCCCAUUCAAGCGAGUAGUAGUGUAGCUCUUCUUCCGUGCUUUUUUUUUUUUGCCUAUUCCUCCCAACAAAGAUCAUCCAAACUAAACCCAUUGUAGUAUAAACCCUCGUCAUUGACCCAGACUAUCCUGAUGGAUGAAGAAGUCCUUGAGUUCUUCGAGCACCGCUUUCUGGCUUUGCUGUGUAGAGUCGGCUUUUCGACCUCCGAAAUGGUAUAUGUUCUUUGCAAGCUCACCAUGUAAGAAUUGAUGUUUCAGGCUGAUGGAUGGACAAGGCUCAUACCAUCCAAAGCUGCAUGGAAUGUCUUGUGACUCAGACGUUUUAGCUGCAAUCGAAUACGUCCGGUUAUGCUGCUGGACAAAGGUCACUCUCAUUGCCAGAUUAUCAGCUUCUGUAAGUCACAUGUUCCAUGCUGUGGUUCCCAGGAGAUAUCUGUUAUGGGCAAUAUGGUUGUGUUUUAUGAGAAGUGCAAGAAA